UUGUACUAUAAACACUGAAAUACUCAUAAAUGAGAACUUGUUGAAAAUGACAGCAUUUCGAAACCUAAGAAAUUCUAUCAAAAUAUUAGACGAAAAUGUCUCGAAUUUUCCUAUCGGAGCUGUUUCUGUGGAUGAUUUCAGACCUAUUGAAGACAGAAUCAGGAGUAUGCGAGAAACCCUCAAACAUUUAAACGCCAGGUUAUUAAUGCUUAAAGCACAUCAUAAAUUUCAAGGAACCAUUGAAGAACCGGUAGAAGAUACAGAAAAGACAGUGUUAAAAUUGCACACAGCAGUGUCAAAUUCUCUUAUAAAUAACAAAGCCAUUAAGUUGUGCCUUCACUCUUAUGCUAUUGAAGCUAUUCACUCAGGCAAAGAAGGAGAUCAUGACAAGCAAGUAAAAAUUUAUGCCUGUAUGCGUAAACUAUUUAAAGUUAAUGAUGAUAUGUUGGCAAUACAGAAGAUCAUUAUAGCUACAUUAGAAAAACAAUUGGACUUAAAGAUUCAAUGUCAGAAUUUGUUAUUUAGACACCAAACGUUUCUAAAGGAGCAGGAAGAAAUACGGAACAAAAGAUUGGAAAGAACAAACCCUGAAAUUGCAAACUACAAGCAAAAGAUAAAUAAGAGCUUACAAAAAACAAAUAUAAUGAAGCAACUUAUACUAAAUUUUAUUGCUUCUUCUAGCUCUAAGUUACUUAAGCAACCUAUGUUUGUAGAAAUGUUAGAGAAACAUAGGGAUGUAGUUACUAUUGAAACAAUAUUAAAAAUGGCCCAAAACAAUGCAGAUAGUUAAAAGCAGAAUUAAAACAAACAAAAAAUAUGAGUUAAGGUAAAAUAAAACUAUACGCGAUAUUUUUUUACUUAUAGAGUGUUGGUUUUAUACAUGUUUUCCAAUGUGAACUCACAAAAGUAUUUUUGUAUAAUUUUAUAUGAAAGUCUGUAACUUUCUUCACUUUAUACCUCUCCUAGGCACGCCAAUUUUUGCAGCGUACGUCAUAGGUCUCUUAAUUUUUGUAAUGUAAUAAAAAGAUAUUUCG